UCCCCGGCUCUGUGAGGGGAUGAGGAGGUUGUAGUGGAGAGCUGGCGAUCCGGGUUGAGCUGGCUGUGUGUCUGCUUCCUUCCCUAGAUUCAUGUCGGCGACGAGGGGAAACUGGAAGACGACAUGGAAAGGCAUCCAGCUGAUGGCUAAGGGUUGUCCACGCUGACUCAGUAUGGAUGUAGGAGCAACCACUGCAUGAGGUCUCUGUGAGCAAAUUUUAGAUAGUUCUGAGAAGAAUGACCAAGUCACGUCUCUUCUGUUUGCUGGUAGUCCUCGGCUCUGCUUUUAUGGUCCUUUUUAUAAUCGUUUACUGGGACAAUGUUGGGACGGCAAAUUUUAAUCUUCAUACAGCCUUCUCGAAGUCUCUUCCAACUCAUCCAAGCGCGGAGCCCCCUUCUUCAGUCUCCGCCACAGAAAACAAUGAUCUAUCAGACGUGGACAGAUUUUUAGAUGGUUUUCUUAAUUUUGGCACAGCAAAAAAUGAGGCACUAAGCACAAAGGGGAAUAAAUUGGCCCAUCGAGGAAAAUCGAAUAGCUUUGAAGAAAAUGUGAGAGGGUAUGACUGGUCCUCCAGAAGCAAACUGGAGGAAGGGAUUUUAGAUCAGGAAUUGAUACAGGAGGAAAGAAAAUUUAAUUUACGCAAGUUCUGUGGUAAUUCCAGUUUUCAUUUUCCAACCAAGGACCGGGAAUUUGAUGAUAUUCCAAACAAGGAGCUAGAUCACCUCAUUGUGGACGAUCGGCACGGCAUCAUUUAUUGCUACGUGCCAAAAGUAGCUUGCACCAAUUGGAAACGGGUCAUGAUUGUGUUGAGCGAAAGUCUUUUAGACAAAAAAGGAGCCCCGUAUCAGGACCCUCUCGAGAUCCCCCGUGAAGAUGUCCACAAUACAACCAGUCAUCUCACCUUUAACAAGUUCUGGAGAAGAUAUGGGAAGUUCUCCAGACACAUGAUGAAGAUCAAGUUAAAAAAGUACACCAAAUUCAUCUUUGUCCGUGAUCCUUUCGUGCGUCUUAUCUCCGCUUUCCGCAGCAAGUUUGAGCUAGAAAACCAGGACUUCUAUAAAACGUUUGCUAUACCCAUAUUGACCCGUUACUCCAACUGGACCAACGUUCCCACAUCUGCCGGAGAAGCAAUCUCUUCUGGGGCAAAGCCGUCAUUUUCUCAGUUUAUACAGUACCUAUUAGAUGCGCGGACGGAAGAACAGAGACCUUUCAAUGAGCACUGGCGUCAAGUGUAUCGUCUCUGCCACCCGUGUCAAAUUGAUUAUGACUUUAUAGGGACAUUGGAGACCCUCGAUGAGGAUGCAUCUCAGCUUCUAAGACAGUUAAACCUAGAUUCUCUCUUCCAGUUUCCCCCCAGUUACAGGAACAGGACCGUGAGUAGCUGGGAGGAGGACUGGUUUUCCAAGAUACCUCUAGAAUGGAGGCAAAAACUCUACAAAUUAUAUGAGCCCGAUUUCGUUCUGUUUGGAUACCCUAAACCUGAGAACAUCUUAAAUGUAUAAAAAGAGUCAACAACUAAUGUAAAAUACCAAAAAUGAACACCUGUCUGCUGCCUUUCCUGGAAUGGUACCUGAUUUCCACCCCUUACUCUCCAUUUCAUGUCCUACGAGAGCUGAGGGACCUCCAAGGAUUGGAUUUCUUUAAGUGGAUGCGUUUUUAAGAAGGAUAUUUUAUUUUUCUUUCCACUUUUAAAGACUAAAAUGCCAUGAAAAAAUUUCCUUGCAAUUCUACUUUCUCAGGAGGACUUCCCAGAAAUGCUUUUUACCGUUAUUUUAUAAAUUAAUAUAUUAUUUAAACUAUUUAAUACUGUGUCUAAGGAGGACUUGACUGAGUAAAGGCUUGUCUGUUAAAGAACUCCUGUUCUUGUGGUUCAUAGUCUGGGUCAUAUCACACUCAGUUCACAUUUUAGGUCCCCGGUGCCGACUUGUGAUAGGUAAGACUUUCCCCUUAGGAAAUAAAGAGGUUCUCCA